GCAAAUAUAUGGCCGAUCAUAAAUUUAGUCCAAUGAUUACCGGAAUUAGUUAGUGGUGACUGCAAGGCUCAGUUCAAGUGCCAGAGCAUCAUCAUCAUCAUCACCAUCGUCCAUCAUGAAUUCUUUUAAAUACUAUGAUAACUCUUAUCCCCUUUCGUCCCAAGACCAAUCUCCAUCUACAAUCCUACCACCAGGUACUGUUCUACACAAUGGCUUCUAUGAUCUACUCGCAAUGAUCCCCACCCCCUCUCUCUGGGGUACAGGUGGAUCCACUCACGGGGAGCUGGCACGUCAUGAGGACAUCAAUCAAAAACACCGUCACAUGCCUGGAUCUUCUCCCCUAAAGAAGGGUAGAAGAGUCAGUAAAGCUUUGGUCUCCAGGCCCACGGAUUUCGUGCAUCUUGUCCACGCUUCGGACGCCGGUCAGGCAGAAGCCCUAUUGACUCGCUGGGGUCCAGAUGGUCUGGGAAAGCUUGGAGGUCAGCCAUCAGCGCAUUAUCCACUUAUGCUAUCAAUAUCCUCAGCUCGUAGUUUAGACCCACGUUGGGCGGAUCCAAUAAAGUCUCGAGUAAGGCAAUCAAACCAGGCCAGAGCGGUUAACGAGGUUAUCAAUGCACUUAAACCGUCUCAAGAUAGCACAGGCCAGCCACCUCUCCUUAGAGUCAUGAACGGUAUGAGCACUGCUACUUCGUCUACAAUAACAACCGCUGCCCGUGAAAAUGUCCACUUUUCACCCGCAGAUGCCUUGCCAGGGCGCCCAACAAAUUCCAUUGUAAAAUGGAACGGAGGUCUCAGGGUCCAUCCAGAAGUUGGCGAGUGCGACGACGAUCUGGGCCUUACCCUUCCUGGCCCUUCACCAAGGCCAAUUACCCCAUCAUUGGCUACCUUGGAGAAGGCGGUGUCUGCUCGGAUCUACUUUGAGAACAUUUACUUUCCCCUUCUUCGGCAGCCACCUUCUCGAGAACAACGAAGAAUCGCCAUGGAAAACGAUAUGGUUAUCAUGCGCUUGAGUGAAGAUCAGAAAGAAGCUUUACGUUCUCAGUGGCGCCAAAACGAAACAGAAUAUCUUCGCGAACGCCGAAAGAAAGUCGAUGCCACAGCGUUCAUCAAACUAAAAACUAUAGGUCACGGUGCGUUUGGGGUCGUGUCUCUGGUUAAGGAGCGAGCCACGGGACAGUUGUUUGCCAUGAAACAGCUAAGGAAGACUGAUAUGCUUCGCAAAGGGCAAGAAGGUCACGUCCGUGCAGAACGUGAUAUCUUGAAAUCUGCCUCGCUCGUCGCUUCGCCAGGUGGCGCGGAGUGGAUUGUGAAGCUGCACUACAGUUUUCAGGACCGCGAUAAUCUGUACUUGGUAUUGGAAUUUAUGGGCGGUGGAGAUCUCCUGAAUCUUUUGAUCGAGAGAGACGUUUUCGAAGAAGACUUUGCUCGUUUCUAUGUCGCUGAGAUGGUUUUAGCCAUUGAAACUUGUCAUAAACAUGGUUUCAUUCAUCGUGACAUUAAACCUGACAACUUCCUGUUUGAUCCGCAAGGACACAUUCGUCUGAGUGACUUUGGGCUUGCGACUGAUCUGCACUGGGCCCAUGAUACGUCCUAUUAUGAACAGCAGCGGAAUCAGUUGUUGCACAAACAUGGGAUAGACCUUGAGGACGGCAACGGCAUCGGGGAUGGAACCAGAACCAAACGAAUGGACCGCAAGGAUGUCGAAUUACUGAUGGGCGACGGCAACGGCCAAAGUGGCAUAUUCACUUGGCGAGAGAAAAAUCGUAGGAAGCUAGCAUACUCUGUUUGCGGGACGAAUUCUUACAGUAUGUGGUCACCUUUGUUCAUAUUAUUACCCCAUGUUGCCAUGCUUACGCUUUCAAUAGUGUCGCCAGAAGUCAUCAGAGGUCAUGGCUAUUCGUUUUCCUGUGACUGGUGGAGCUUAGGCGUUAUCAUGUUUGAAUGCCUGUAUGGAUAUCCCCCGUUCGUUAGCAACUCCAGGCAUGUCACCCGUCAGAAGAUUCUGAACUGGAAGCAAUCCCUCAAGUUCCCAUCUCGCCCUCGUGUCUCGGGUGAGGGCGUGAAUCUGAUGCAGCAGCUCCUUUGCGAGCCCGAGGAUCGCCUUGGAAGUCAGGCUCCAACGUCUGUAUCGCGCCCAGAUUCCCUCGCCGUUCACGCACGACGCAGCGGCUUCAUCCUGCCAGGGUCAACAGUCGGCAGUGUUGAUGGUGUAGAUGCAAUCAAGGCGCAUCGCUGGUUCCGAGGAAUAGACUGGGAAAAUAUACACCGCUAUCCUGCACCAUACCGCCCGGAUCUGCAGAGUCCAGAAGAUACACAACACUUUGACUCCGACAUUCCACCGGUGCCACUGGCUCCCGCGAACGGAGCGCCAGCAGAUGUGACGAAAGACCCCCUACUUAGGGACAGGGUCCACGGGGAAGAGAUUCUAAACGUCCGCAAGGCCCUCGCAUUUGCGGGGUUCACGCACAAGAGCCCUCGAGCGAUCAGUUACGCUCGUGCUGAUCGUGCAUUUGAUGGACUAGCGGACAUUCCAGACAAAGAACGGGGCGAACGAGGUCGUCCAAGGUUUCGCAGCGGACACGAGGCUGGCACAGGCCGGGCUAUAUCGCUUUAGUGUGAUGCGUGUUCUGUGACCCUGGCUGUGUGUGGCUGAGAUGGUGCCGCGACUGUGCCAUGCGGCAUAGUCGAGGAUAUGACGACACUAGUCUACGGACAUGACGCACAGACAUGCUUUCACUCCAUAACGUGAUUACUUACUGUACUUGAUUACUAGGAUCUGCGGACAUGACUAUGACAUGCACUGACUUCACGAUGCUACUCCACUAUACUUGAUGACUAUAUUAUACCCUUGUUUCCUUGCUGU